AAUUAUUUUAUGAUAUAUUAUACAGUUAUCAGUUUCCUCUCUUUUAGAACGAAAUCAACUUCUAAAUUAAUCCAGAGAAGGAGGCACAUGCACCAAGAGUUUUGAUUGCAGAACAAUCAUGGGGGAGCAUUCAAGAAAGAAGAUCACUUGGACGAUCAAGAACUUCUCAUCUUUGCAAUGUGAGAAACUUUGUUCUGAUCCAUUCGUGGUCGCUAGUUGCAAAUGUAGACUUGUUUUCUGCAGGCGUCUUUGUGCAUAUCCCAAGGGAAACAACGUUGAGUACUUGUUUCUGUUUCUUGAAGUCGCCGAUCAUCAAUUACUGCCUCGUGGAUGGAGAAGAAACGUUCGAUUUUCCCUAAGUAUAUUAAAUCAAAACACCAUAAAAAGUUCCAGACAAAAUGAUGAGCAAAAGUGGUUUGGUGAGGAGUCUCGUCGUUGGGGUCAUGUAUCCAUGUUUCCCCUUAAUGAGAUCCAUGCCAAAGAGAAUGGAUAUUUGGUAAACGGAGAACUCAAGAUUGUUGCUGAGAUUGAGGUCAUUGAAGCUAUUGGCAAGUUAGAUAUAGCAGAGGAGACUUCAUCAAUAACCAUGGAUGCUAAUGGCUUUCAACUUCUUUCUUCACAGAUGGAACUUGUGAGCCGUUUGUUAGAAAAACACCCAGAGAUUGAAUCUGAUUUUAGUACAAAGAACUCAAAUCUUAGGACGGGUUACAUGAGCUUGCUACUUAGUCUUAUUGAAACUCUGCGUCAGUCGCCUCACGAGCUCUCCAACAGUGAUCUGGCCGAGGCAGAUGCUGCUUUGGGAUCCAUGACUAACGCUGGAUUUAAAUUGGACUGGUUGGAGAAGAAACUUGAUGAGAUGGCAGAAAAGAAAGAGAAAGAGGAGGCUGGUGAGAUUCGAGUGCAAGAAAUCGAGGAAGAGUUGAAGGAUUUGAAGCAGAAGUGCUCAGACCUGGAAGCUCAGCUGGAGAAGGAAAAACUAGAGCUGUCGGCUGCAAAAGCUCAUAUCUCAUUCGAUGAUGUUCUUUAAUGUUCUUGAGUUCUUAGGCAUUUGUAGGUUUUAUUUGGUGUUCUUGUACGUUUGCAAUAUUGGUUUUGUGAUGUUGUUAAGACAAAGAAGUCAUCAUCAGUGACUUAAGCCAGACAUCUGCUGCCUUAUAUACCAUGGUUUUGUGAACACACAGUUUAAGCUAGGUUACUUGAUGACAAAGUAA